GUUUCCUUCCCUUAGCCGUUGCCACACACAAACAUACUUCCACACAAAAUACCCCUUUUUUCGAGCCUUCUUUACCCGCCCUACCAACGUUAUGAAAUGGUGCUACGCUCUUUCAUUCUUUCUCUCCAGUCCCAAACCCCCAUCUAAACAACACUCUCAUGCUGUGUGUGCCACCCCCUCCCCAAUAAGCAAUCUGGCUUUCCCUUUUCUUACCAGCCCUUUCUUUCUUUCUAGGAUCACCUUCUCCAGAGCAAAAGACUUGGCCACAAAGUUCAAGAUCUUGGAUCUCUUAUACCCACUGUUCACUGAUGAUCCGAGCAUGUUCCUUUGCUCCUCCGGCCCUUCCGCCAACGGCGGUCCCAUAAACAACGAUAGCACCUUGAGCAACAGCAGCAGCAAUGGCGUACCGGUCACUUCGGACACUGCUUCCGUCGAGACAGCCCAGACAUCAUCUACAGUCAAGUCCUUGGCCCACACAUCCACCAACCUCCCACCGCCCAUGCCGUACAAGCCCACCGAUAGCUACAAUAGCAUGAUGUCAUCCUCAUGGAUGGAUCAGCGUUCAUAUCAGCAACAACAGUCGCUGCCUGGCAUUAACAGCAGUGAUGGUGGUACGUCUUCCUUGUAAAUCAUAAUAUUAG